UGUAAAGUGUAUUGAAAUGUAUCUCAUCCGUAAUAUUAAAUCCUAAGAAACCUAAAGCCUCUGCGGAGGAGAGAGGGGGUCCCUUGCAUCACAGACAUAUCAGGGCUCCUAUGCUCGUUUCGCCGCCCUAUCUUAUAAACGCCCUGGUUCCACCCGAGAAAUCACAAGACAACGAGAAAUUCCGCUCCGCACGGAAAAUUAUCGCAAAGACGUACAGUAAGACAAAUUUUGGGCCAGAAGAAGUAGACUUUCUUAUUAGACUAAAUUCCUUGAAAAUUAUUUCAGGUGGUGAGUGGAUCACAUUACGGCCCUGAAGGAUGUUUGAAAGUUAUGAUUGAAACUAUGCCUCAAAUGGCGAAGAAGUUAUUAGACAAAUGUGUAACUACUGAAGGAUCUAAAGACGCUCGUGAUUAUAAAGUCAUUUAUGAUUUCUUUUGCUUAGAAGGAGCAGGUAAAUAAGUAUAUUGUAGUUCUCAAUGGGAAUCGAACACAUGAUUGUCUCCUGAUUGCCGGUUCGAUCGGUUGUUUUACCGGCCAGACUAUAAACAUAGUUUUCCGCAAGAUACUAGAUUUAUAUGUAUCCAGCAACUCCUCGCCUAUAUUUUCAAACAUUGAUUUAUCAUAAAGUUUUUGUGAACAAUUGGCCAACACCGAAUACAGGCUCGCAUUAUGCAUCAAUCACGUUUUGCCACACGAUCAUUCUUAAUAAAAUUUUUAAAAUAUUUCAUUUUUUGUGCUAAAUGGCAAAAAGUUAGUACUUUUAGUACUUUUAACUAAAAAUUAGUACUUUUAAAUAUACAACAAUGAAUCAGUUACGAAAUAUAUACUGCAAGUAUAUUAUUAUGCAUUUUGUGGGCUUUAAUUCAAUACAAACUUUAGCCUGGAAGGAUAUAUGGGGAGGGGGGAAAGGGGGGACUGUCAUUUUUAUUAUGUUUUUGACUUUUUGUCCGAGUUUAUGGAUGUUAAUUUGUGCACGGUGACGGUCAUUGAUCUCAUUGCAUGUCACGAGCAUAGCGCGUAACGAGGCGUACUAAUUUCGCUCGGCUAUUUAAAACCGGGGAAAGGGAAGCAUUAGCGAAGUCUGAAGUUCAUCACUAAUAUGGUUCAUAAGUGGACCUCCCACUGAUUUAAAAAAAUGUGGCGAUUGCCAGGAAUGGAAUGGAACGCAUGAGUUAGGAUUGAAAUUAAUGGGACGAGCAAGCAAGCAAACGUCAAGCAUUUCACACGUUUUUAUUUCCUAACAAAGGAGUAGAGGCAAUAUACACUGAGAAUCGGAAAUAGUUAGAGGUAUACAUUUCCGUGAAAUUGUCUUGAUAAGUAAUUACUUGCGUGUUUCUCCAUUGGUUUACAUUGUUGAUUUUGUCAAGAAUUAUUUUUCAUGUAUAAAUUCUUAUCCCCCUGAGCGCUCCGUUCUGGGCGUAAGCUCGGUGCUAGGAUAUUACUAUUUACACCCGUGGAAAGGAAUGACGAGCCAGACGGCUCCAGACUGGUGAAUCUGGAGCCAGCUCCAAAUACAAUUUCAACCUGGAGCUGGAACGACUAGUUUGUAAACAAACUUCUUUGGCCGCUUGACCACCAAUAGACAUUGCAUUUUUUUGAAAUACCAUUUUUUCUUUCAUAUUCCUUAGUACGUGAUGGAUAAUGAAAACAUUAUUCCGUUCGUCCAUGGUAGCUUGUAAAAGAUCACUGUUUCUUCUGACAAAGGGGAUGGUCAGCGGUCGGAUAGAUCGCAAAGGGUAUAUACUUCGUGUGACCCCUAUUAUAAUGUAUCAAGGCUAAUCCCUCUGCUAGUAUAGUGGGGACUUUCGUCGACGCUGCAUAAAAAUAGUGCGGGCUCGUGAGCUUUUUCCCGCGAAGUUGCUUUUCGAUGUUUGGCUUACAAUUUCUAAGGAUGUUGAAGUCUUCAGCAUUGUGAUUCACUGGUUUUUGAAAGCAUCGGGGUUUUUUGUUGGAAGUUAUAGGCGAAAUGCGAGAAAACGCGCGAAGAAAAAGGAAAAACCUCUGGUGAAUUUGUUAGCGAUUCCUGGUUCGGAUAAAGAAUGCAAAAAAUGUAUAAUGGCUUAAUGCAUCAUAUUCUAAAAAUAUUAUCCAAUCAUUAUCCUUGACACCAGGCCGUCUAGACAGGGUUUUAUCGCAUGUUUAUACUGUCCAGUGUAUGCCUGUCCAUUUGUCGCAAUAUUCAUUCUCCUGAAUUUCAUUCAAUUUAAAACAUCACAUCUAUUCAAUUUAAUAUAAAUAUAUAUUUAUAUUCAUUCACUUUAAUCUUGCAAUAUACAUCCAAAAAAAUCUGUAUUUUAUAAAUUUAUUAAACACACCUCUUUGGGCCGACGUGAACUUUGUCUGUUAAUACAAAAGCAAGCAAAUUUGUCUUGUAGAUUUCAAAUGAAAUCAUUCCUCUCCAUUUCGCAUUUCGAAUAUAAAUAGACUCGGGAUUACAAAAUGCGAAUGUAAACUCUCCAUCUAGUAUUGCUUUCUCGUCCUCUUCGUUUGACAGUGAAGUAACACGGCAUUCACGCUUUCUUAGUUCACGGACGUGAGAGUCAAUGAAAGAGUUCAAUUUGCAAAUGACUAUUAAGAUGGGUUUCUCCAGAAAAUUGUGGCUUUUGCCAAGUCGUCGUGCUACUCUCGGUGUUAGAACUUUGGAAUAUUAAACUCUUCCCAUAACCGAUAGCAAGAUGCAAAUACAUCUUUAAUGUGAAUCAAAUUGGACAAGGCGCGGUAUUGAUGCUCCGUUAAUCUUUUAAUUCAGGAAAUUUAUCAAUCUAUCUAUUAAUGCAGCCUAUAAAACUGCUUCUUUCAACUUUUGUUCGUUUAUUUAAUAAUAUAGACAUUUCAAAAUUCAAAUGUUUCAAUUCAAUCAAAACUCGAAACGCCUGCGAACAGGCUAUGAUGUUUACAAUAUCCAAUCAGAACACGUAGUCUAUCGAACCUAUAGUCAGCAGCCAAUCAACUCUUUGCUUCCAUUUUUGAAAGUUAUGCGUGGAAUGUGAACCCAAAAACUAGGCCAAUUUCACCAGAGGGUUAUUCAAAACAGGCGAAAAUAAAUACCCUCUGGUUCCAGGGUAAGGCUAACUCUUCAACAACCUAAUGACUGCAAAGCAAUUGAAAGGAAAACUUAUAUUUUCAUACGAAGAAGGUGAGUGGCGAUAUUUAUGUUGAGUCGUUUUGAGCAGAUGCUUCGAAGAACAUGAUAUGAUCGGACCUUGUAUCUUAAAAGUGUACUUGGAACAGCCGAACAAAGUGGUAAACUUUGUUACCCGGUGUGUUGGACAUCAUAAUUCCCAGGAAUAGUACACAACGGCGUUUAAACUGGCUAUGAAAUAUCCUGAAUACUUCGUCGAGUUCUCUACCGUCAUGUGACCUGUAGUUUAAUGUGGCACACGUCUUUGAAAGGGCUUUACUUGACUUUAAUCGACGUGUAAGGUAUAACUUAGGUAAGUUAACAUUUCUUUGUAAUUGGCAAGCUACAUUUUCAUAUCUUUAAUAUGUGAAUAUUUUUAAUUUUGUAAAAAAUUAAGCGCAAUAUGUUGUUGGAGAAAGUAUCGAGUGCUUCAUAAUAACGCUCAGAUCUUGUAUACAGAUAUUCGUAUUUUAUUAAAAAUCUAUCCUCUAUCACCAGUUUUUUCAUUCGUUUAUGUUAAAGUAUACAUAAUGAUGAUCUACUCUAUGAAAAUUGGGCAAAGGGGCGAUCUUUGCGGAGCAACUUGACCGUUCGGUGAAAUCGGUAGUUCAGAGACCCUAUUUUAAAUUGUAGUAUUUCGUGACAAUACCCGAAUAUAAGCCCACUUGUUUAUCACUAUUGUUUAUCACUAUUACCACUAUUAAUCACUAUUUUUGCUAUGCUUGUUUGACACUAAGUCUUGUUUAUCGCUAUUACACUAACACAAAAAGGUCGUCCAUGUAUAAUCCCUCCCCGUAUAUAAGCCCACCCUUGUAUAAGCCCAUCAAAAAUCGCUUACGAAAGUAUAUAAGCCCAGGGCUUAUGGUCGGAGGUUUAUGGUAUCCAUCGGUGGUUAAGUGCCCGAAGCAGUUUGUUUAAAAACUAGUCGUUCCAGCCCAGAUUGAAAUUCGACAUCUGGAGAUUCGACAAUUCGACAAUCUGAAGCCGUCUGGCUCGUCAUGGGAAAGGAAGUCUAAAGUUCAUCAAUAAUCGCGGGCGCGUGGCUACGGGUUUUCGUUUCCAACCGUCAACUAACUGACGUUACGUCAUUUGAUCAAUUUCUAAUGUUGAUUCUGUUUGGAUUUAUUAUUUUGGUUAGGGUUAGGGUUAGGGUUAGGGUUAGGGUUAGGGUUAAAGUAGCUGGUGUAGGGUUUGGGUAAGUUACAAAGCCAUUUACACCUCUUCCAACUUCCGAAGAUGAUGUCAUGUCAGUUUGGUAGAUGGAAACAAGUGCUCACUGUGGCUUUGAUCCAAGCCAAGGGUGGACCUCCUCAAUUGUAUAAAAAAUAUGGCUGUUUGCCAGGAGUGGGAUAAGCAAGUAUUCAAUUUUCAAAAACAUAUAUUUGGAAAAUCGUUUUACACAGCGAGGUUUCAAGCAAUUUUGCCUUGAAGAAAUAAGAAGAAAUUAUUUUAGACUAUGUGAAAUAUAGGGCAAAUUUGCUUUGAAUGUUUAAUGUUUACGAAUUUUGUUGCUUUAAUUUAUUGCGUAACAAUGCACUGCUUCCUUUCCGAAAUUACCAUGUUUAGUUUAAGAAAAAAAACUUAAUUAAAAUGUAAAGGAGAGCAAAUUAAUUUCAACACCGAACUGAAAUUACUCAUUAAUUUGAACUUAGGGACCGGUCAUGGUAACGGACUUUCAGCACAAAAGUAGCAAAUUGCAAUGUUCAGGAGAGCAUUGUCAAUGUGUCCAAUAAAUUGUCUUCACGUCAUGCAAAGUGAAGAAAUAGGAGUUUUCUGGGUACUAUAGUGUGAUAUAAUGCAAAAACCCUAGGGAGCCACCUUAAAAUAGUUUUUAUUAUUAUUUUAUGAUUUUUGAACACAGAAAACACUUGUGGUCACUCGUGGUCAUUCGUGGUCACUCGUGUGUACUUUUAGACAAGAUCGUUCUUUUUAGCUGUGGUGUUUGAUUCCCUGCUCUUUACUUAGAUUAAAACUAGUCUAACAUGAAUGCAAGUCGUCCAUUGCCUUUUCUAUUUUUUAUUAGAUAAAGACGGCUGCCCAUAUCCACAGUUUGAAGCUCUCGUUGCUAUGAUGGAAAAUGAAAGCGAGAUUUGUUUAGGACAUCCAGUGUCUGUUAAAUAUGUUAAUGAAAAAUGGCGGAAAAGAGGAUUCAAAUACAAUUUAUUCUCAAUAAUUCUGAAUCUGAUCUUUCAUAUUUGCCUGAUGAUAUAUACAAUAAAACUUAUUGGUGAAUUCAAAAUUGUGUGCUCGCCAGGGUCUCAAGGUAAGUUGAAGCAAAGAUGUAUUAUGUAUAACGCAUGCGUUUUGCUUUUUUGACAUCCUGGGGCCGGUUGUAUAAAACUCUUAAUCACUUUUUUAAUCACUAUUUUGUAGUUAAAUAGUGAUUAACUUACUGUAGUUUCCUUUAAUCUUUUCUAUGUGAUUUAGGGGUGAUUUUAGUUUGCUAUAAUGAUAUAAAAACAUCAUGAGAAUGUGAUUUAAUACACACUUUAUAUAUUGUAAAAUACUGUAAAAUAUUUAAAUGCCUAAAUACGCACUGAUUCAAAAUAUUGGUGGAUUUACUUGUUUACUGUGUCAUUCACUUUUCGUCGAUUUCCAGGUCAUUUCGUUGAACCCGGCCUAUAUUGUUUAUCAUCUAAUAUUACCCACUACAAAGAACACCAAGGUAGGCAACUGUAACGCCGGGCGAACUUGGGCAAGACAUAACUUCAACAAAAUUCGCCGAGUAAAAUAUUGCCAAACGUUUCUAAAGCCGCGGCUAUGAGGGCGUGCGAAGGUAAGACCCUGCUGGGAACUAUAUAAGUACAAAAAUAUGUUAAUAGAAUAAAUGGCUAUAAUUCAAAUUUUUAACGGUUUGGUUCCAGAGCAGAUCGACUCACAAGUUCGGAGAAAGUAGUUUAAUAUACAUUAAGUUGUUUUAACUCUUCAAGGAAAAGCGAGGGAAUGGAUUUUACAAGUUGGAAAGAUAGAAAUCAUAGAAUAAACAUAAAUAUGUAUAGCCGCAGCAACCUUGUUAGGAGGGCCGCUGGUUUAUCAGUUUCACUGUCGUGCGUUUAUCCUCAUUAAUAAAGUUGAUUGAAAUAAAGUUGAUUGAACAGCCUAUUAACAGAAUAACAGGUGGCCGCGUUUUUUUGUUUCAUAUUUGGUUUUGUACUUUUUGCUAAAAAUGAACAAUUAGGCUAUGAAACUGGAAUAUUUUUCUGUUUACAUAUAAUCACUUUUUAAAUCUUGUAGAAACACGACUAAAAACGUGAACGUUUCAAUGGCUAGAAAUUUCAUACACAUUGGGUACUAGAAAUUUCACACACAUUGGGUACUUAGAAAUUAAUCCAAAAUGGCGUCUUUAGUAUAAGAUUUAAGCGAAAAUACACAAAAUUAUGAAUUUUAGCAAUUUAUGAUUGUAAAUUCCAACAUGCGAACAUCUGAAACAUUACCAAAUUACACAAUAUAUUAUUUGUUAAAUUUUCGGAACAAUACCAUCAGGCUGAAUGGGUUCCCGAGCUUCUCGUCAACAUAUACCUGUUAUUCACUGUAUAAAGUCCACUAAUUGACCAUAUUUUGUAUUCUGGAGCUGAAAUUAUGGCCAUACUUGCAAGAUUUUUCAACCAUGCGAACAUCAGAAUAUACUUCCGAAUAACGAUACUUCUGUUCACGCUAGAUUUUAUGCCAUUUUUGUCUCGUUUAGUGGGUUCCAUAAUAUCUUAAAAUACGUUGUUUUUGAGGAUCAUAAGACUGCUAUUUUAGAGGCCAUGAUAGGCAAAUUUUACAAAAUAUAGUUGCCAUUUUCGUAUUCGUUUCAUGAUCUUUCCGCCAUUGUUCUUGUUCGAAAGCUCUCGAAAGCUGUUGCUAUGUUAGGGACCGGUCAUAAAGUAACUGCUAGGGUGGGCCGGAGUGAUUUGGGAUGGGCCAUGGAAAAUCUUUGGGCAGUUUGGAUGGGCCGCCAAUUAUUUUGUAUGUCUACGGUUGGGCCACCAAACAAAAACCCAUAUCUACUUUCAUCCAGGGGCGUAAGAAGCCAGGGGGGGGGGCUCGGCGCCAACCAUGGUGGUGCCUAGUGGGAGUUGUCCCCCCUAACUUUUACAAGCUUCCCUGCUUUCAUCACUUGUUAUGAUAAAUAUAAUAGCAAAUAAGAUUUUAAAAUCAAACAUAAUACAAAUCUAACAGGGCUGUACACUGCACAGAGGGCAGCAGGGGCAACUGCCCCCACCGAGAAAAUUUAACUAAUUUUAUAAUGUGAUUAUGCUUGUAACGGAUAAUUAUGCAGUCAGGAAAUAAAAAUUUCAUGCAAGCAAUAAGUGUCUAUACAGCCGGCUAUUUAGUAAAUUGUCACUUGUCAAUCCAUACUCGUCGAAUUUUCAAAACUUUAUUGUGAUCAUAUGAAGCAAAAGUUCUGUCACUUGUUGUUUACACUUGCCAAUGUCAACUGUUGAGUAACAUACACACUAUUCGAGGAACAUGCAUUACUGUAGCAAAGAGUCAAUCAUAUAUCGAAGACCAUGCACUGAAUAGUAGAGAAUGUUUUGAAGGUCAUGAGUGAAGUAUAUAAUUCCAUUCCAACCCUGUGCACAGUUAAUGAUAUACCACACUGUUCAGUUUAACUCAGCAUAUCCACACAAAAACAAUUUGUGUUGUGGGAGAAUAUCUGUUUGAGUACAGUAGAAGGUAUCACAAGUUUAGGUUUGUACAUUGUGUGCCAUUGAUCUGAUCCAUCCAUAUAAUAUAUGAUUAUUGUAGCUGUUAAGUUAUUUUCCAUACUGAUGAAUUUAGGUAAGAUUGUCUUGCAAGUGGGUUGUUCUGACAAAAUUAUCCAGCCAAUAUCCAGUAGAUCAGUACAUGUAUUCAUCAUUCUUGUAUUAAUCUCUAAACAAAAACAUUUAUAUUAGAAAGCAAAAUGACAAUGUAAUGAGGAGGAAGGGUAGGGAUUCUUUUAUUAGCAUUUGAAAAUGGUUGCAACAAUAUUGAUUAAUUAACUCUAUUGUGUAAAACCAAAAUGUAUAUAAAGUAUAAUUUUAACUGAUGACAUCUUUUUAUUAAAUUACCUUUGCUCUAACACUACAUUUGAUGACAACUUAGUUGGACUGUUGUUUUGAACAGAGUUACAGAAUUUAAUUCAAUAUCUCCUGAGAACAUUAGUUUCUUGUGAUAUUGUUAAUUGGCAAUUAUGUCUGCAGCCAGAGUUUUGACUGUUUAAAAUAUUACACAAUGAUUGUUUUUAUACUGUAUAAAUGUCUAUAAUAAAAUGUGGUAUUUGGCUACUUACUAGAUGAGGAUAAGUUUCCAUGUUGAUAGAUAACUUUGGAAUAAUAUUACAAGUAGAAUGGUGAAAACAAGACAGCCAAUUCAAGAUAAAAUCAAGAUAUGUUUGAAGCCAAAAUAUGGCAAAGAAUAACAUGAGUACACGACUUACACAAGGCCAAACUACGCCCGUUCGCAGGUUAGGUGCGAGCACGAUGUAAACAUUGAACUAUAAAUAACAAACUAUUAUUAUAUUAUUAACUAUUAUUAGUAGUUAUUUAUAGUUCAAUGGAUGUAAACAAUUGAUGUAAGCUAAUAUUGGCUUAAUUAUACAAGCUCGUCGCUGAAUGGCUAUGGGUAUAAACGUUAAUACUAAUGUGCUUCGCAGAUACAAAAAUAAAGGUAUACACCGGGACUGUAUUGAUAUAUGUUCAUACCUGGAAGUUUUUUUCAUUAUAAAAGUGUAUUUUCCCAAUUUAGAUUGGGUGGAUGGGUCAUGAAAUAAAAUUGGUAAGAUUGGAUGGGCUUUGAAAUUUUUAUCUACAUCCUAAGAUGGGUCACCAAACUUAUUGGCAAAAUUUGUGAUUUACCUCCAGCCCACCCUAGCAGUUACUUUAUGACCAGUCCCUUAAACCUGUCAUGGAUGGCUACAUUUUCACUGAUCUCCAGUCUUUAAACUAUUAUAGUGUUCUUGCUCCAAAUUUAUGGAAAAAAUAUUUUAGAAUGUUUGAACUUGAUGAGAUUAUGCGACAAAGAGAAAGUAAAAUGUUUGCUGAAAUCUUAAACAGGUUACGAGAAGGUAAACAUACAAUUAACUACUGAUCUUCAAAAGCUGAAGGAAAGAUGCGUUCAGGAAUCGAAUUGUCCUCAAGAAGCUCCACGCUUGUUUAUUCAAAAUGCUUUAGUAGACAAAUAUAAUGAACAAGUAUAUGAAUCAUUUACGGAUAAUAUAUAUACAAUUAAAGCUCAAGAUAGUGUUAUUGGAGCAGCUUCAGCUGAACUUAAGGAAAAAGUAAUGAGGCAAAUACCUUAUGUUCCGUUAAAAAAUUCUAAACAGUUAGCUCACAAGUUAAAACUUGCUGUUGGGCAACGUACAGAAGUUGCAACAAAUGUGCGAACUGAUGAUGGUCUUACAAAUGGGGCAAGUAACAUUAUAAAGUUGAUACAGCUCACUGAUGAGAAUAAACCUUCGGGUCUUAUCUGGGUCCAAUUUGAUUAUGAGGAUGUUGAUAGAAAAACUCGUCAAGAAAACAGAACGCUUUAUGUCAGAGGAAUUCAAAGCACAUGGACACCAAUUAAACCUGUCACAACCCAAUUUCCAGUCGGUAGAACGAAAUCUGCUCAAGUUGUUAGAAAACAGUUUACAUUGCGACCAGCAUCAAACAAAAACUGUCCAUAGAUCACAAGGUGAUACUCAAACACAGAUUGUUGUAAACUUAAACAGCAACAGGGCUUUUCCUCACAUUCAUUAUGUUGCUUUAGGUCGAGUUACAACAAUAGAAGGAUUAUACAUCACUGACCUAUGUGAAGACAAGAUAUCUGUUGAUCAAAGAGUUGUCAAGGAAAUGGAAAUCUUAAGAACCGAACAAAGUUUUAAUCUUUGUUUCAAACCACUUUAUAUGUUGAAUCGAUCUGAUUUGAAAGUUUGUUACCUCAAUGCAAGAUCUCUGCAUAAACACAUUGAAGAUGUUCGGAAAGACAUUAAUUACUCGUCUAUGGAUAUUGUGAUAUUUACUGAAACAAGGUUUAACUCCUCAGAAACUGACGAUAUAUACAACAUUGAUGGCUACAGGUUGUUCAGAAAUGAUGUUUCCCAAGGUACGGGUUCCAGGACGUCCAUACGGUGGAACAGCUGUUUAUAGCCGAGUCCCUUUAAAAGAAGGAUACCCUUAUGCUCACAACGUCAAUGGAAUCGAGUUUACAAUUAUUAAAACAGAACGUAAUCCGCAUCUGAAUAUAAUUGGAGUAUAUCGUUCACCCAAUAUUGCUAUAUCACGUCUACUGUCUUCACUACGUAGCAUACUUGAUGAAGAUUCUUCUGCACAAAACAUUAUAAUUGGAGAUUUCAAUGUCAACUGGAUGGUAGAAGCUGAUCGACAGUCACUCUACAAUUUGAUGGUUGUACAAAAUCAUUACAGGCAACUGAUAACAGGCUUUACAACCGACAACAGAACGUUAAUUGAUCAUUUACACACAAAUUUAAUUGAAGAGCAAGCCAUUGUGCCACUGCGAAUGUUAUUAAGGCAAGCCACUGUGCCACUGCGAAUGUUAUUAAGGCAAGCCAUUGCGCCACUCCCAGUGUUAUUAAGACAAGCCACUGUCCACUGCCAAUGUUAUUAAGACAAGCCGCUGUGCCACCGCCAAUGUUAUAAAAAUAAGUCCUUGUGUCGACGAUGGCUACAUUUAGGUAAGUUUUCUUUUUCUCUUUUCCCCUCUCCUUCCCUGUGUUUAUCUGUUUAAUUGGGUUUUUUUCUUUUUUAGAUAUCUCUAUACAUUAACAUGGUCACAUUAACGAUAACUUCAGUCAACAAAAGUACUAAAAAUAAAACAAUUUUGGUAUAUUGCUACGUGUUAUUACCAUCUAGUCAUGUCACGAACAAAGCUUGGACUCUAUGGCUUAUGAAAUUCAUGUCACAUUACUGUAUACAUAAUUGCAUCCACUAAUACUGUCGCAUUAAUAUUUACAGAUAUCAGACGUAUACAAUAAUAUGCCUUUCAUUUGCUUGCGCCUGACAACGUUGGUGGAUAAUCAUAUUGAAUGAUGUAUCAUCUUAUGUCAAUGAAUAUUCGAAAAUGAAAUAAUUCAAUUCAGCUACCAAACUUAAAACGUCUACAGUUGCGUCGUUAUGUAUUCUGAAAAUUCAGGGUGGAAGACUUGAAAAUUAAGAAAGAUGCACAGUACUUGAAGAUACGACUUGGAUAUUUGUUGUACGGUACAGUACAUUGCACUUGGCUCUGAUACCAAAACAUGUUAAGGGAAAGGCUACUCAACGAAGUCGCACGCACAGUAGAAAGAAAAGUUAACGCGUCAAGGAAGACUUGAUAAUUAAGAAAGAUGCACAGUACUUAAAGAAGUACUUUGUUGUACGGUACAUUGCACCUGUUCGAAUACUCAUAAUCGAGCCAACAAUUAUCGUGCGUGAGUUCCUGUUAUACCAACAAUGGACUUGAUAUGCAUCAUAAUCAACAUCUUCAAACUUAAACUGCAUGGGUAGAACAUGUACUGUAAUAUGCAAUAACACGUGUUCUAUUGUCAUAGAAAAGUGACUCGUCUUUUAGUUUUCACUAGCUGAAUGUUCGUUAUUUAUAAUUCACGCUGUCAUUGACCAUUUUUGGCAAGCUUUGAAAAUUGUGGAAUGGGUUGUAAUUAAAUCACUGACUUAUAGACUUAUUUUAUAUAUUGAAAAAUUGACUGUAACCCAUACUGUAAUUCCAAUUUUGUAUAUACAGUAGCCAUCUUGCAAAAUAAAUCUUAUUGAGUAUUGUACUAUUUGUGUUGAUUAUUAUCAAACGUUAUCUAUCGUUGCAUUAGUUUACUAAUGAAGUAAGUUUUCUAUAGAUGUCUCGUGUUAGAAAGUCGUAUCUCUGCAAGCCUAGAUUUAGACAGAUAUUUGCUUAUAACAAAGACGGAUGGAGGAGUGUGCACCCCCACACCCCGAAAACAUGUGCACCCCCCAAAUGAUUUUGUAGAUCAGUUAUUAAGUUUUAUUGGCAUGCAACAUGUACGCGUCGCGUACCUAUUUUUCACAUUUGAAACAGCAAUAACUCGAAAACCGCUUGAAAAUCCCAACUAAUCAUUUAACUGUCUUAUAUGUAGUUUUUUUGUUAGCUUUCUAUUGAUGCAAGUCAUUUGUAUCGGAAAUGUAUCAGAAAUUUUACAUUUUUUAACUGUGAUAGAGAUUAAUACAAAAUUCGAAGGAAAACGUGUCGGCAGGAGCACAGGGGGUCCAACUAAGAGCUGUGUUAUGAAUAUGAAUAAAACAUUAAUUAAAUGUAAUAUGAAUAAAACAUCAUAACGUAAUAUAUUUAAAUUAUUGCACUUGUAUAAAUCAUAAGAGCUUGCAUUUGCAGUGAAUAGCUUCAAACAGGGCGCUUAUAUAUGCUCAGAAACAUUGCUUCGAACGAUUGUUCAAAUAUGGCGAAUAAAUUUAAAAAGUAACGUGAUAUUUGUUUUAUCCCUUCUUUCUUCCUCGCCUUUUCGCUCGCCCGCCCGCAAUCCUUGCUGUUAUAUUCGUUGGAACGUCAUGUAAUAUAUAUUUUUUGUCAAUUUAUUCGCCAUAUUUGAACAAUCGUUCGAAGCAAUGUUUCUGAGCAUAUAUAGGUACCCGGAAAUGACUGUAACUCAUUUCUCAACUAAAAUAACCAUUAUAUGGUCAUUAGCAGUGCAUAUAUAAUGGGUCAUUAGCUGUGCAUAAUGGUUGUUAGCAGUGCAUAACCAUAUUGACUAUUGGUAGCUUGUUGGUGCAGCGGAUGACUCAUUUGUUUGGAACGUGUUUUGACGUCAGAUCGUAAACAAACAAGCGUAUAUAAAGACGACGUAAGCGAAUUUCACUUCGAGAAUCAUGGAAUACAUUCACAGGAGAAAUCACAUUUAUGAAUGAUGUUGAAUGAUGUUAUUCUUUAUAUCGCGAAUUUUCGGCAAAGUGUCUUUCGGUAAAAUGUCCGGCCACCCUUCUAGACUAUCCGUUUAAGCUUUUUGUGGUAUUUUUAGGGCUCAGUCGAUGUUCUCUUUUACAUGAACAAGCCUAGUCAUUACCAAAAAAAGUACUGAUCAAUCUAAUUUAUUUGAUAUAUAACAGCGAGCAUUCUUGGCCGUUUUCGCGAGAUGUGUUCCACAAGUAGCCUGUUCUCGUGACGUAUGACUAAAUAAUAAUAAAACUAAAUAAUGUAAAAAAAACAACGUUGGUCGCUACAUUUAAAUAUUUCAUAUUAGCCGGUAUAGCUAAACAUUGUUUAUUUCCAUUAAUUAAGCGCGUAGGCGUUGUUGGAGUUGGCAGGAGGCGUGGCUACUUAUGGAACACAUCACACGAUCGCAUUACCGGUGUUUCAUCCCUUCUAUUAAUAUCUAUUACCCUCGCCUUCCGCUCGCGGCUCGCGCCCGCAAUCCCUGCUGUUAUUUUCGUUGGAACGUCAUGUAAUAUUUCGUUUUGUCAAUUUAUUCGCCAUAUUUGAACAAUCAUUCGAAGCAAUUAUGUUUCUGAGGAUAUAUAAGCGCCCUGUUUGAAGCUAUUCACUGCAAAUGCAAGCUCUUAUGAUUUAUACAAGUAAGUGCAAUAAUUUAAAUAUAUUACAUCAUGAUGUUUUAUUCAUAUUACGUUUAAUUAAUGUUUUAUUCAUAUUCAUAACACAGCUCUUAGUUGGACCCCCUGUGGGCUGUGGCAGGAGCCCACAAGAAAUUUUAACGCGGCCAACAUACAGAAACGAACUUACUAGCCUUCAGGGCACAAUAUGAAGGCAAAAUAGAAUUGUCCCACGAUAUCGUAAGUUUUCCAUAAUUUAAUCCUCUAUCUGCCUGACUAUGUCUAUGUGUAUUAAGUCGCAUUCUCAUGAUGUUUUUAUUAUUAUUAUUAUUAUUAUUAUUAUUAUUAUGCAUUCACCAUGUGGUGUAAUUGGGCAAAAAUGACGCUAAGAGUCGACAAAUGCAAGUCAUUCGGAAUUAUCAAAAGGAACUCAUUAUCCAAGCAGUAUUUUCCGAAAAUUUACGUUAACCACGGCUUAAUUACAGCGGUAAAGGGGAACGAAAGCUUUUGUUAUCUCGGUAGAUUUUACAACUUCCCGAUGGAUAACGUAGAACAUAAACAGUUCUUGCUGUCUGAGACUAGCAGCAUCUUAGAAAAAAUCGAUCGUCUCCCUCUACACUCAAAAUUUAAGCUUGAGUUAUAUAUGAAAUAUCUGCUCCCGAAAAUAUCUUGGCAUCUCACUAUUGCAGACAUUGAUAGAACAUGGAUAAAGCAAACUUUAGACACAAUGUGCCACAAUAAAUUUCGGACAUGGCUUGAGAUACCACCAAACGGCACCCUUGACAUAUUGCUUCUUGGGAAAUCCAAAGUCGGUUUCGACAUCAUUGAUGUAUCAACAAAAUUCACUGAAUGUCAAGUAAUUUUGCGAAAUAAAUUAAAAGACUCGAGUUGUCUAGACACCCAAAACCUUUUCUACGCAUCUAGCUCAAACUGUAAUGUGCAGUACGAUGGUUUCUCCACCCCAAAACAGGUUGCCAAAGAAAUUAGGAAAGAUAAGAUCUUUAAUAUUGAAAGCAAGCUAACGUCGCAGAGUCUUAUAAUUAAGUCGAUUUGGAGAGAUGCUUUCCAGGGUACAGCGAAAGAUUGGCACUCGGCAGUUGACAAACUCCCUAAAAACAUAUACAACUUCGUAACUAGAUAUUUAAAUAACACCCUACCUACAUUAACAAACAUGGUUUUGUGGAAGAAAGCUCAAAAUAAUCUGUGUCAUUUCUGCUUGAAUGUGCAAACACUACAACAUAUAGUGUCUUCUUGCAAAACAUCCCUGGACGAAGGUCGAUACACAUGGAGACAUAAUUCAGUGCUGAAACACCUAGCAACGUACAUAUCUAGUGUCAGAAGGGACUUUCACGUUUAUGCAGACAUUUCUGGUUUUGAUAAUCCAUCUGUGAUCACAGGCUGUAAUGACCGACCAGACUUGGUAAUAUCAGACAACAACCAAAAUAUAUAUGUUAUUGAAUUGACAAUCGGCUUUGAAACUAAUAUGGCAAAAAACUGUUUAAGGAAAAGGGAACGAUACAAGGAUCUUUGUAACUUUUUAAGAGAACGAUUUAACAAAGUAACGUAUUUAACUUAUGCAUGGGCGCGAUUGGAGUUUUAAGUCAUGAAUGUAAACAGUUCUAUGACUUUUUGGACCGCGAAGUAAGAUUAAGCGAUAUGCAAAGAAAAUUCAUCAUUAGAAAACUAACCGGCUGCUGCAUAAGGACAAGUUAUUAUAUAUUUUUCUCUAGAAACAGACAAUGGUCUUGCCCUGAACUUUUAUAUUGGUAGGAUUCAUGCUGUCAUGUGUAUGUACAGUUAUCUUAUUUGACACUGUCUACGUUGUUACCUUACGAACGUAUUUUAAAAUAACCAUUGUAAUAGCAUUUCUGUAGAAAUUCCAUUUUGAUGAUUUGUAAAUAUUUUAAGCUUAGUUUAACAUUGUAUUUUUUUCUUAAUCUUUUGUACCAUAAUGUAGCCAGGUUGCCUAUAAUACUUUAGUGAGAGCUGGUUACUAAUAUUUGUAUGAAAUGAAAUAAAAUGUGUUUACAUUAUUAUUUUAUUAUUAUUAUUAUUUUAAUAUUAUUAUUAUUAUUAUUAUUAUUAUUUUAAUAUUAUUAUUAUUAUUAUUAUUAUUAUUAUUAUUAUUAUUAUUAUCAUUAUUAUUAUUAUUAUUAUUAUUAUUAUUAUUAUUAUUAUUAUUAUUAUUAUUAUGGCUACAACCAGUAGCCUCAGGUCCCAAAGAUUUUAGCUUUCCAAGCUUCUUCUCAGUAUUCUUGCCGUCCCUAACAAUGCUGUUUUUUGUAGAAGUUCUAUUCUUAUAUGUAUUCCCAAUUUCUCAAUCCACUUAUCCAGUUUAUUACUAACUGCUCCUAAGGCACCUACUACUAUUGGAAUGACUUCUUCACUGCCCAUAUUUUCCGAAUUUCUCUUUUCAACUCCUCAUACUUUUCUACCUUCUCUGUUUCUUUUAAACCAAUUCUACAGUCCCCUGGAACUGCGAUGUCUAUGAUCUUGCACUCCUUUUCCUUCUUUAAAACCACUACAAUAUCAGGUCUUCGACAUUCAAUCACAUGAUCGAUUAUUAUUAUUAUUAUUAUUAUUAUUAUUAUUAUUAUUAUUAUUAUUAUUAUUAUUAUUAUUAUUAUUAUUAUUAUUAUUAUUAUUAUUAUUAUUAUUAUUAUUAUUAUUAUUAUUAUUAUUAUUAUUAUUAUUAUUAUUAUAUUUAUUAAUAAUAAUAAUAAUAUAUCAACAUAUCAAAAUCAUAAUAAUAAUAUACUAAUAAUAAUAUAAAUAAUAAUAAUAUACCAACAUAUCAAAGCUGAAAAGUACCGUCAGUUUGGCUUCUCCUUCAAGCUAUUAAAUCCUAUCCACUGGUUCCAAUUCGCUGAUGACGCAGCCGUAAUCACUGGCCAAGAAUCUGAAAACCAGCAUCUCCUAAAUCGUUUUUCCAUCUGGUGCCAAUGGUCCAAUAUGAUUAUCAGAGUCGAUAAAUGUAGUACCUUUGGCAUCAAGAAAGCCAUCACAAAAUCAGUCCAAUAUUUGCCGAAACUCAUCAUCAGCAAUAAUCUGAUACCAACAGUAAAGAUUGGAGAAGCAUUUCAAUAUUUAGGACGUUACUUUGAUUUUAACAUGUCGAACGAUAACCAUAAGACUGAACUAACCACUCUCGUUAACGAACUAAUGACUGAUAUUGACUCGAAGCCACUCCACCCAAGAAAUAAGCUUCUCGUAUACAGUCGUUAUGUCUUAUCCAAAAUAUCGUGGCAUUUCACCAUCGCAACACUUUCUAAAACAUGGGUUAUUGAAAAUAUUGAUCCCGUAGUCAACCAGUACAUCCGUAAAUGGCUUGAAAUUCCAAUCUCAGGAACACUAAGUACUGUUUUUCUAACUCACAACAAAUUUGGUCAAAGUAUUUAUCCUCCAUCGGUGAAAUUUAUCCAAUGCCAAACAGUUCUUCGAAAAGCUUUAAAACUUUCUCCAAAUCAAUCAAUCAACGAACUGUGGAAAUCUACUAAUACUCAUACUAAUAUCCAAUACGACUUUUAUAACUCAACCAAAGAAGUGCUUAAAGACUUUCGGUCUGAACAUGAAGAUAAACUCCAAAAUCAAUUAACUUGUCAGGGAUCCUUUUUCUCUAGUGUAACAAAGUUCUCCUUGUCGUAUCUUAGCAAAGUGUGGUCUACUGCUCAAUCAAAACUUCCGAAAAACAUUUAUAACUUUACCAUACGCUAUAUCAAUAACUCUCUUCCGACACGCAAGAACCUUAGCAGAUGGGGAUUGUCUUCAAGUUCAGAAUGCUCCUUUUGUUUUGGCCCAGAAUCAUUAUUGCACGUGGUCGCUGGAUGUCAGUGUUAUCUCGAUCGAUUUACGUGGAGACACAAUUCAAUCCUGAACUUCCUUGCCAAUACCUUGCAAACUGUGAACGGUUCUGCCCUCUACGCUGAUGUGCCUGGAUUCAAAAGUCCUUCAAUAAUAACUGGUGAUACGUAUCGCCCGGAUUUGUUGCUAUCGUUAUCAAAUGGCUCUCUUUAUGUGGUUGAGCUCACUGUUGGCUAUGAGACAAACCUCGAGAACAACGUUAAUCGGAAAAAAGCCAAAUAUAAAGAACUAGUAAAACAACUAGACGAAAAUUUUAACGAAGUAAACUUUAUAAAUCUUUCUAUGAGCUCCCUAGGCAUUUUUGCGCAAGAAUGCUCUACAUUCUUAGAAAUGUUAAAAAAUGUUGGUCUGGACAAAAACUACCAAACGUACUGUGUUAGGAAAAUGAUGACUAUUGCCAUUCGAAGUACACACUAUAUUUUUUGCUGCCGAAAUAAGGAAUGGGAAAGUCCGGACUUGUUAACUAUUUGAAAUAUCUGAUUGUCUUGUAUAUUUAUAUAUUUUCAUGUAUCCUGUCUUUUAUUAGUUGAUAUAGUUGUGAUUCAAAUAGCCAAUUGUAAGUUACCUUAAAUUAGUGAGAUUUACAAUUGUAUAUAUAUAGUAUAUAACAAAAUUAUUAAAGUUUCCAUUAUUAUUAUUAUUAUUAUUAUUAUUAUUAUUAUUAUUAUUAUUAUUAUUAUUAUUAUUAUUAUAUAUACAAAAAUACGAAGGAUGUCUUGAAAGCCUUUAGGAAUGAAAAUGAACAGAGACUACAAAACCACCUUAUCUCACAAGGUUCGUUCUUCUCAAGUAUCAUCAAAAACUCCACGUCAUCAUUCAAUUCCUUAAGGUCAUCCGUUCAAUGCAGACUUCUAAGAAUAUAUUUAAUUUCACUGUCCGCUAUAUCAACAACUCCCUCCCUACUCGGAAAAACCUGGUCAAAUGGGGUUUGUCAUCGUCUGCUGAUUGUUCCUUUUGCUCUUCUCCUGAGUCACUCCUGCAUGUUAUCUCUGGUUGUAAAGCAUAUCUAGAUGAAGGGCGAGUUUACGUGGCGACAUAAUUCAGUCCUGAACUUCAUUGCAUCCAGCCUUAUGAGUGCUGAGCGAUCCAAACUCUACGUAGAUUUCCCUGGCUUUAUUACACCGUCAGUUAUCACUGGUGACCAGUUACGUCCAGACCUUCUCUUGGCAAUUGAAAAUAAAGUUUUAUAUGUUUUGGAACUGACUGUUGGCUUUGAAACAAAUCUUAACUCUAACUCAGAUCGAAAACAUAAAAAAUACCUGCCGCUUAUUUCAGAUCAAGAAAGUAACUAUGAUAAGGUAAAAUUUGUUAAUGUAUCCAUAAGCUCGCUAGGCGUUUUUGGUCAAUCGACGAACACCUUAACUGAUAUGCUCAAGGAACUGAAGUUCGAUGAACAACAAUUAAAUACAUUAAAACGAAAAUCAUUGCUAUUUGUAUUCGCACAUCAUAUUAUGUAUUCUGUCAGCGAAACAAAGACUGGACUAGCCCAGAGCUUCUAAUAUUUUGAACAAUAUUAAAUUCCCUAUUUUUGUAAAUUUAUAUAAUCCAAGUAUUUUUCAAGUAGUCAUCGAUAAACUACCUUUAUGAGCGAGGUUUAUCAAUGUAAAUAUAGUUUUAUGGUAUAUUAUGAAAUAAAUAAAGUUUCCAUUAUUAUUAUUUCACAAUAAAAUGUUGCGCUAAAAUGUUUCUGAAAAUCAUUUCAGAAUGUAAUAAAAAGUUCUAAAAAAACCGACGACGUUUCGACGUUAACACACGUCAUUAUCAAGUAAAUAAAAUAAGAAUUAAGAGUUCUAUAUAUACUAAAUUAAAACAAUGUCAUUAAUAAAAUUCAAAAUCAAAUGAAGUUCAUCACAACUUAAUUCAAUCUAUACUUGAAUAUUAUCAUAUUCCUGACCACAUCAAAAAUGUUAUCAAAAGUUUAUAUACUGAUUUUAAAACUUCCGUGAUAACUUCUGAAUUCCGCACUCCGUUCAUAACUGUUGGCCGUGGUGUGUUACAAGGCGACUGUCUGAGCCCUCUGCUGUUCAACAUGUGCUUUAAUACAUUCAUUCAGAACAUAAAAGCUGACAAGUACCGUCAAUUUGGUUUCAUGUUUAACUUCCUCAAUCCCAUUCACUGGUUUCAAUUCGCUGAUGACGCGGCUGUUAUCACUGGCCAAGAUUAUGAAAACCAACACCUCUUAAACCGAUUCACAAUCUGGUGUCAAUGGUCGAAUAUGAUAAUCAGAGUUAAUAAAUGUAGUACCUUUGGCAUCAAGAAAGUUUUGACAAAAUCCGUUCAGUACUUACCGAAACUACUAAUUAACAAUGGUCUCAUACCUACUAUUCAAAUGGGAGAAUCUUUUAAAUAUCUAGGAAGAUUAUUUGAUUUUGAUAUGUCCGACCACGACCACAAAUCUGAACUAAUGUCCCUCAUUGAUGAACUAAUGUCUGAUAUCGACCAUAAACCUCUACACCCAAAAAAACAAACUUCUUCUAUACAUGACCGUUACGUUCUAUCCAAAAUAUCCUGGCAUCUCACUGUUGCACCCCUGUCGAAAACCUGGGUAACGGAAACAAUCGAUUCUGUGAUUGAUCAAUACAUCAGAAAGUGGCUUGAAAUACCCAUUUCUGGAACAUUAAGUAAUAUUUAUCUAACCCAUAACAAAUUUGGUCUGAAUAUCCUCCCUGCAUCCGUCAAAUUUAUCCAGUGUCAAACAUUCCUACGCAAUGCCUUAAAAACAUCCCCAAAUGAUUCUAUAAAAGAACUCUGGAAAUCAACUAACAAUCACACUAAUAUUCAAUAUGACAUAUAUAAUUCAACAAAGGAAGUUAUUAAGGAUUUUCAUUCUGGACAAGAAGACAUGCUUCAGCACCGCUUAAUUUGUCAAGGUUCAUUUUUCUCGAAUGUUGCUAAGUUUUCCCUUUCACAGUUAAACACACUUUGGUCUGCGGCUCAAUCAAAACUGCCAAAGAACAUUUUCAACUUCACCGUCCGUUACAUAAAUAGCUCCUUCCUACGCGAAAAAAUCUUACCAGAUGAGGUUUAGCUUCAAGUCCCGAAUGUUCCUUUUGCUUGUGUCCUGAAACCCUACUACACGUGGUAGCCGGCUGCUAAUCGUACCUUCAGCGCUUUACAUGGAGACAUGAUUCUAUUUUAAACUUUCUCGCUGAAACGUUUCAAACAAUAAAUCCAUGUCGACUUUAUGCUGACCUACCUGGCUACAAAAGCCCGUCAAUUAUAACUGGUUACAUAUAUCGACCGGACUUACUCCUAAUUACUCCAAAUGAAGAUCUUUAUGUCGUUGAACUUACUGUCGGGUUUGAAUCUAACCUACAUAAUAACGUUGAAAGCAAAAAAGCUAAAUAUAAAGACCUAAUUGAAGAUCAAAGGGGUCACUUCAGUUCUGUUAAAUUUGUAAAUUUAUCAAUGAGCUCUCUCGGUGUGUUUGACAAAGAAUGCUUCACCUUUUUAGAAAUGUUAGUCGCUAUAGGAAUGGAUAAAAACCAGCAACAUUACUGCAUAAAAAAAGAUGACGUCUUAUGCCAUUAGAGCAACGUACUAUAUUUUUUGCUGUCGAAACAAAGAGUGGACAAACCCUGAAUUGUUAAACAUUUAAAUUAAUAACUACAUAAAAUAAUAUAUAUAAUCAUAUACCCAUUUUAUUCUUGUUUUACUGUAGAUAGUACAUAUGUAGUACUCUGUGAUUCAUGUAGCCAAUUGUAAAUUACCUAAGUCAGUAGUGAGAUUUACAAUUGUAUAUAUACGUAAGAAAUUCAAUAAAGUUUUCAUUAUUAUUAUUAUUAUUAUUAUUUCAGCUUUAAACUCAAGUCAAGUGGACAUCGAUAAGCUACCUUUUAUUAAGUGAGGUUUAUCAAUGUAUAUAUAGUAUAUCGUAAAUAUCUAAUAAAAAGUUUCCAUUAUUAUUAUUAUUAUUAUUAUUAUUAUUAUUAUUAUUAUUAUUAUUAUUAUUAUUAUUAUUAUUAUUAUUAUUAUUAUUAUAAAUUUCCAAACUAGCAGUAACAACUGAAUUACUUUGGAAUUACAAGGUAUAAGGACAUAGAUAUUCAAACUAUUCUAUAUUUACAAGUAAAAAUAGGUAAAUUAGAUAAAAAAUCACGAUAAUAAACUAAAGUUUACUUAUUAUUAUAAGCACGAGACGCAGCAGGAAUGAAACUGUUCGAAAAACGUUCAGUUCUACACCUAGGUACUAAUAGGUUAGAAUAAGACCUCAGAUCAUAAGUUUGAAGAUUUUUAGGCGGUACCUUAAUAAGGCAUUCAGUUUAUGAGUGGGUUCCACAUCUUCGAAAAAAGGCGCGUGCAAAGAACUAUUCUACGUUCAUAAAGGGUCAUUAAGUUUGCUUUAAGCAAACAUUCAGCAUAGGUAGUUCCAAGAAAAAUAAUUUUUAAUGCCCUUUUUUGGAUUUUUUCGACUUGAUCACUCAGGUACUGAGGAAGGCCAUAAUGCCACACCUGACAAGCAUAUUCCACAAUUGGUCGAAUAUGUGUGCAAUAGGUUGAGAUCAGGAUAUGAGAAGGUAAAGCAUUUCUUUUAAGAAGGCGCAGACUAUACAAACGCUUCGCGGCUUUCUUGCAAAUGUAGUCAAUAUGGCGGUUCCAUUUAAGAUCGUCUGAAAGAACAACGCCCAAUAAUUUUGCCUCGGAAACGACGUCGACCUCUUGACCACGGAUGGUAAUAGGGGCAAAUGAUGGAAUAAGGUUAGGAAAGCAGACACGCAAUUCUUUGGUCUUUGAUACAUUUAACUUCAUAUUAUUGACCGAUGACCAUUCAGAGCAGCUGAUGAUGUUAGCGGGUAACUAGGACGGGGAAUUGUUUGAUAUUAUUUCCCAAAGGCUAGUAUCAUCAACAAAUUUAACAGUUUCAUCCGCCACAGCCAAGUCAUUGAUCAUAAUCAAAAAUAAUAGCGGGCCAAGCUUUGUUCCUUGUAGAACGCCGCUCAGAAAAGAACUGACCAAACGGGUUCUUUGUUGUCUGUCUGUUAGAAAGUUUGCGAUCCAGUUGAGUAACACAGGAUGAAUUUCCAUGUCUUUAUAUCAAACUAAAAUCAUCCCAAAAUCACAUAAAGAUUAAAGGAAACUAAGUAAGUUAUACUUUAUAAUUUAAAGGAAAUUUUUAAUGCAAAAUACAAUAAAAUAAAAAAUAACUAAAUACCCAAACAGAGCCUGGGCCACCUGUGUAACAACUAGCUGAGAAUGGUGUAACCCCACCCCCUGUGAAUAAAUUUCGAGGAAGUUAUUUGGCAAUUGACCACUUGCCUAAUAGACUAAAUUUUGAUCUCAACAAGUCUAGACAAAAAUUUCAUCACAGCUUGAAAGAGCAUCACAAAAUUAGUAAUAUUCCAAAGUUUCGUUGCGAAAUGUUGUAAAAUGCGGAUAAUAUAACCUUGCGAAGUUUGCCGUUUUUCAGUCAUUUUGCAUUACGCGGGUGAAAUUGAUAGCCCAAAACCCUUUGGGGCUGUCAAUUUCCCGUUAAUAGAAAAUGACUGAAAAACGGCAAACUUCGCAAGGCUAUAUUAUCCGCAUUUUACAACAUUUCGCAACGAAACUUUGGAAUAUUACUAAUUUUGUGAUGCUCUUUCAAGCUGUGAUGACAUUUUUGUCUAGACUUGUUGAGAUCAAAAUUUAGUCUGUUACGCAAGUGGUCAAUUGACCAUUUGCGUAAUAGACUAAAUUUUGAACUAAACAAGUCUAUACAAAAAUUUCAUCACAGCUUGAAAGAGCAUCACAAAAUUAGUAAUAUUCCAAAGUUUCGUUGCAAAAUGUUGUAAAAUGCGGAAAAUAUAGCCUUGCGAAAUUUGCAAUUUUCAGUCAUUUUAGAUUACAAACGGGAAAUUGACAGCCCCAAACCCUUCGAGGCUGUCAAUUCCGGUUUGUAAUCUAAAAUGACUGAAAAUUGCAAAUUUCGCAAGGCUAUAUUUUCCGCAUUUUACAACAUUUCGCAACGAAACUUUGGAAUAUUACUAAUUUUGUGAUGCUCUUUCAAGCUGUAAUGAAAUUUUUGUUGAGAUCAAAAUUUAGUCUAUUACGCAAAUGGUCAAUUGAAGUUGCAUGAUAUUCAGGAUAAAAGGUGCACGUGAAUAGACAAGCCAUGCAGGAGCGUACGUAUAGUGCCAUCACUAAGUGUGUGGGGGGGGGGAGACACUCCUCCAGAUGAAGAAUUUGUUUGCAAACAAAAAAUAUUUUAAAAAUGGACGAUUUGUUAAAGGGGAACUUAAAUCUAUUUCAAAUGUCCUAAAAAAUAUCGUCAUCAUAUUAUGCAUAUUGUCAUUUUUCGGCAAGUAAAGAAAUUUCCGUUAAAUAAAGAUCAUGCAGAUAUGAAAGUUAUCUGUCUGUUGGCCAAUGCAAACGACGUUUUUCAGAAAGUUUAAUGUGGAAUUUUAAAUGACAUGGAAAAUCAUGAUUAAUAUUAUUAAAAGCAAAAUAUAUAGCUGUUUUGAUCCUCGCCGACAAACACCAAUGGUUAUUUUCGUCAGUGUUUCUUUGCAUGCGGUUACUUAUGAUAUUUAAAAAUUAAGAACAAGUAUGCAGUUGCAGUUCUUAAUUUACAGUAUAUUAAUUGAAUUGUGAAUAAAAUGUUGAUAAUGCUCAGUUAAAAUACAGAAACAUGUUAUUUUUAUUGACACGAGGAGUACUGUCAUAAGAUUCUCGUCAGAGUAGAGAUAUGUCCAAUUACAAAAUUACAUUUAAUUGAAUAGUUCAUUUGGGAAGACACCCAGAGACAAACGCCCCUGCCGAAAACCUCUAGCUUGUCCUCUUCGCGAUGGCUGUGCCGCCUGUGCGUACGUAUAAGAUGUCAAGUGCAUUCUAAGUUUUCUAAGCAGCAACAGUCAGAGUCAUGCAAACAUAGGGCCACAAAUUGUAAGAACAUUGUCAGUUACCGUCUUGGGUUAUAAAUUUUAUACUUUCCGUAAAUUUUCAAGAUCAUGGUAAAAACUGCAGAAAUUCAAUGGAAAGAAAAAACGAAACUGCAAAGGAAAACGAAAUUGCAAAGGAAAACGAAACUGCAAAGACACCCAAGCGCAUCCAUAGAGAACUAGAUGCUCCUGUCAUGAUUAUGUUAAGGAUAAUUUUGUUGACUAUAACAUUUGCAUCAAUGUCAAAAGAUAUUUUCCAGGUAUGAGUUUUACUACAUUAAGGCUGGAAUUACACUAUACCGGAUUGAUUUUCAUACCGGAUUAAUUUUCACUCCGAAGUAAAAAACAAGGGUGUUUACACUAUGCAUGCCGCUUCGCUUUGUUGCCAGCUCGUGUCUCGCUGUCGCCAUGGAAACAAGUAAUAUUUUUUUGGCCAGUAUACUACAAUUUAUUAAAAACAAGAAGUAACACUCGUUUUCUUUGUAAAGUAUAACUUUGUUUAAAAAGCUUGACUACCAGUAGCCUGCGAACAGGCUCACUGGGAGAAAGGUGAGCCUGCACGGAACCAUGCGUUUUAUUCAUUCAUCCCCUUUUCGCAUCUGCUAAACGCUAACCAAUCAGCGUCGACUGCGAUAAAUAAACUGUCAACUGAAAAAAUUGACGCAAGGCGUGUACAUUGUGCAACAUGAACAAUAAUACAAAACAUUAGCCGCACAAUAUAUUACUCGGAAAGGCAUAGAAUUCAAAUAUUAAAUAGAUAUCAAUACACAUACAAAUAUAAAGCCGAAUAAAAUACUACCAUUGGCUUUGAAUGUACAGUAAUACUUGUACUAUGUGCGACUGAAAGAACAAUGUUCUGAAUAUUUUGAAGCUAUUACUAAAAUACGGUCAGAUAGAUUGGGAUUUGGAAUACCGAAUACGUUUAAAAUUUUACUAACUGUGGUCUAAAUAAAUGAUAAAUGAGCAUGUAUUUAUUAAUUUCUUCGAAAUCACGAGUGUGCCAGUAGUGGAAGCCGUAUCGACGACGAAAUUGUCAGCAGUUAAUAUACAGCAAAUAGUACAACGUUUAAUCACGGUUAAUAGAAUUAGAUUCUAUUAACCGUGGUUUAAUGUACGAUAUAUAUUUAUCUAAAUGACAUGCCAGCGAGGAUCAACAAUAUAAUUAUUCGUACAUAUUUGGGUAUCUUUUGUAUGCCUUCGCUUGCUGACUUGCUCACUAAUGAGAAUAAUCCGUGAAGCCACGACGACCUCAAAAUGUACUAUACUAUAGUGAGUAUAGUCUGAUGUCAAUCCGAAGACGAAGUUCAGAAUACUGUUAUAGUUUCGUAUAUUGGAUUUAAGCGAUAGAUUCAAGUCAUUUAUGAUAGACUUUUUUGCUGUGAUGCUUUGCUAUUGCUUUUGGUCUCCACUUCUAGUUUUAUUUGUUCGAUAGUCCUAUAAUAUAUAAUAUUAAAAUGAAUAAAGUUCAAAUUCUUCAAAAUGCUGUUGUUGACAUUUGCUAUUUUUAGUAAUUUUGUCAACGAGUGUAAGCCAAUCAGAAGCCUGCGUUUCUAUACGAACGCCACUACCAAGAAAACCUAUCAUCCGUGCAGGCCCUCUAUUCUUCGCGCCGCCCGCAACCCAGGGCCUGUUCGCAGGCUAAUUUGUACUUGGCUACUAUGCUUGUUAAAUUACUCCUAACCUAAGCAAGCAAUAUCUUUGUUAUAUUGUGUAUCAUUGUAGAUAUUUAAAUGGCAAUUUAUUUUCAUUUGUGAAGAAACAUUUUGUUCUUUUUAUUCAGAAAUGUCGACAUGAAUGA